UCCGCCGCGGCCCGGUGCCCGGACGAGUCAUCGGACAGCGAACCGGAGCAGGAGCCCGGAACCCCGCAGAAACUCAUCCGAAAAGUGUCAACGUCCGGCCAGAUCCGCAGCAAGACUGUGUUGAAGGAGGGCAACCUAAUGAAACAAACCAACUCGUUCCAGCGCUGGAAGAGACGAUACUUCAAACUGAGAGGGAGGACUCUGUACUACGCUCAGACUGCUAAGUCGAUAAUCUUUGAUGAAGUGGAUCUGACUGAUGCCAGCGUUGCUGAGUCUAGCACCAAGAACGUCAACAACAGCUUCACCGUCAUCACCCCCUGUAGACGUCUGAUUCUGUGUGCAGACAACAGGAAGGAGAUGGAGGAGUGGAUGGCAGCGCUGCGCAGCGUCCAGAACAGACAAAACUAUGAGUCUACCCAGUACAGCAUGGACCACUUCAGUGGGAUGCACAACUGGUACGCUUGUUCUCACGCCAGACCGACAUACUGUAACGUCUGCAGAGAGGCUUUGUCAGGAGUGACAUCACACGGCCUGUCCUGCGAAGUGUGUAAAUUUAAGGCCCAUAAACGCUGUGCAGUCAGAGCCACCAACAACUGUAAAUGGACCACACUGGCUUCUAUCGGGAAGGACAUCAUUGAGGACGAGGACGGGGUGUCGAUGCCUCAUCAGUGGUUAGAGGGGAAUCUCCCAGUCUCGGCUAAAUGUAACAUCUGUGAUAAAACGUGCGGCAGCGUCCUCCGUCUGCAGGACUGGAGGUGUCUCUGGUGUAAAGCCAUGGUGCACUCGAGCUGUAAGGAGCAGCUGUCCUCCAAGUGUCCUCUGGGUCAGUGUAAAGUGUCCGUCAUCCCUCCAACUGCACUCAACAGCAUCGACUCUGACGGCUUCUGGAAGGCGUCGUGUCCUCCGUCCUGCACCAGUCCUCUGCUGGUCUUUGUCAACUCUAAAAGUGGAGACAAUCAGGGCGUCAAGUUCCUACGACGCUUCAAACAGCUGCUGAACCCGGCACAGGUAUUUGACCUGAUGAACGGAGGACCACACCUGGGGCUGCGGCUGUUCCAGAAGUUUGAUACGUUCAGGAUCCUGGUGUGUGGAGGAGAUGGCAGCGUCGGGUGGGUUUUGUCAGAGAUCGACGCUUUAACGCUGCACAAGCAGUGUCAGCUGGGUGUUCUUCCUCUGGGGACCGGGAAUGAUCUGGCCCGGGUUCUGGGCUGGGGUUCAGCCUGUGACGACGACACUCAGCUGCCUCAGAUACUGGAGAAACUGGAGAGAGCCAGCACCAAGAUGUUAGACAGGUGGAGCAUCAUGGUUUACGAGACCAAGUUUCCACGGCAACACUCUGCCUCCACCGUCACAGAGGACUGCAGCGAAGACUCGAGAGUCUCAGUUCAGCAGAUUCUGACAUAUGAGGACUCAGGUGCUCACCUGUCCAAGAUCCUGACCUCAGACCAGCACUCUGUCGUAAUCUCCUCUGCCAAGGUUCUGUGUGAGACGGUGAAGGACUUUGUGGCUCGUGUUGGUAAGGCUUAUGAGAAGAACACAGAGAGUUCAGAGGAGUCAGAGGCCAUGGCCAAGAAGUGUGGCGUCCUGAAGGAGAAACUAGACUCUCUGUUGAAGACUCUGAACGAGGAGUCCCAGGCCUCCACCGUCCUCCCCUCAGUGCCUCCCCCCACCAUCGCUGAGGAGCAGGAGGAGGUUGAGGGAGUCAUACUUCCUCCCCCUCUCCAUCAUCCUCCUCCUCCUCUUCAUGCCCUGACCAGCUCCGCUCCCUGCUCCCCACGUACCAACACCUCCUCUUCAUCUGCAGCCACAGCCAUCUUUAAGCCCAGAGAGCAGCUGAUGCUAAGAGCCAACAGUCUGAAGAAAGCCAUCAGACAGAUCAUCGAGCACACUGAGAAAGCUGUGGACGAGCAGAACGCACAGACUCAGCAGCAGCAGCAGGUGUUCUCUCUCAGUCGAGCUGAGGAAGAGGACGGUCUGGUAGAGGAGGACGAGGAGGAGGAGCUGGAGGAGGAUAAGAUGUCUCUGCACUCGUCCUACAGCACCAAACACCGCAACACACGCAGAGUCAGUAAGACGCCCUGUGAGAAGCUGAUCAGUAAAGGCAGUCUGUCAUUGGGCAGCUCUGCGUCACUUCCUAUCCAGACAGGAAGCAGGGAGAACAUGCCCAUGCUCAACACAAAGAUCCUCUAUCCUGGUCUCAGAGCAGGUAUCUCAGGCUCUUUGUCCAGCAGCUCUGUGAUCAGCCGACUGUUGGUGAACGCCGACCCGUUCAGCUGUGACCCUGAUAACAUGGACUGCUACACUGAGAAAUGUGUCAUGAACAACUACUUUGGUAUCGGACUAGACGCUAAAAUCUCUCUGGACUUCAACAACAAGAGAGACGAACAUCCAGAGAAGUGCAGGAGUCGGACUAAGAACAUGAUGUGGUACGGAGUUCUGGGAACCAAAGAGCUACUACACAGAACCUACAAGAACCUGGAACAAAGAGUUUUACUGGAGUGUGAUGGGCGUCCCAUCCCUCUCCCUAGUCUGCAGGGUAUUGCAGUGUUGAACAUCCCGAGUUACGCAGGAGGAACCAACUUCUGGGGAGGGACCAAAGAGGACGACACGUUCACUGCUCCUUCCUUUGACGAUAAGAUUCUGGAGGUGGUGGCGGUGUUUGGCAGUAUGCAGAUGGCCGUGUCCCGAGUCAUCAACCUGCAGCACCACCGCAUCGCACAGUGUCGGAUGGUGAAGAUCACCAUUUUGGGAGAUGAAGGCGUCCCGGUUCAGGUGGACGGGGAGGCGUGGAUCCAACCUCCAGGUUACAUCAAGAUCAUCCACAAGAACCGAACCCAGACCCUGACCAGAGACAGAGCAUUUGAGAGCACCCUGAAGUCGUGGGAGGACAAACAGAAGUGUGAGUUUCCACGGACUCCCCCUCCUCAGCCCCCUCAGCCCCCCCUGUCCUCUCAGCCAGAGAUUGUCUCUGAGGAAGACGCCUCACUUGUCAGCGAGUUCGGUCAGGCAGCAGGAGCACUCAUACACAGUAUCCGUGAGGUCGCUCAGUCUCACCACAGUAUGGAACAGGAACUGGCUCAUGCUGUCAACGCCAGCUCAAAGGCCAUGGACGUGGUCUAUGCCAACUCCAAGAGCUCCGGGGCUCUGAGCUGCAGUGUGGUGGUUCACAUGGUCAGUAACGUCAAAGCUUUACUCAGUGAGACUGAACUGCUCCUGGCUGGAAAGAUGUCCAUGCAGUUGGAUCCUCCUCAGCAGGAGCAGUUGAAUGCAGCUCUGAACUCUGUGGCUCAGCAACUCCGUCGUCUGGCUGAUGUUCCCUGGUUGUGUCCCGUCAUCGACCCCUCAGACCAUGAGGGUCCUCUGACGGACUUCUCUAAGCGUAGUCGCAGUGCUAAGUUUCGUCUCGUCCCGAAGUUCAAGAAAGACAAAAACAACAAGAACAAGGAGACUUGUGCGACUCUCUCACUGCCAGUUCACCAGUGGGGGACGGAGGAGGUGGGGGCGUGGCUGGACUUCCUCUGUCUCACUGAGUAUAAGGACAUCUUUAUCGGACACGACGUCCGCGGAGCCGAGCUCAUACACCUGGAGAGGAGGGACCUGAAGGACCUGGGAGUGACAAAGGUGGGUCAUAUGAAGAGGAUCCUGCAGGGCAUAAGAGAGCUGAACAGGAACAGCAGUGCCAGCGAGGCCUGACUGCUGCCAGUGACCACUGCCUGCUCUCCUCCUACCUCUGCUGCUAUUGACCACCUCAUCAACCGGGACCAGGACCCAGACUGGGACACAGUUUGUCUCAAUGAGUCCCGGUUCUCAAAAAAUUGAACCAAACUUCCUCACAGUGAGACCACCUGAGAAACAAAUCACCAAUCAUACGAUCCGCUAGUGCCUUGUCAUCUCACUCACCGACCAAUCAGCAUCCAGGAUGUGGAAGUUGAGGGUGUAGGUGUUGUGCCUACAGAAGACCAGAGCCAUAUACAGACAGAGCUGAGCCAAUGGAGAGAGAGACAAUGUGGCUGACAGAUCAGCUCAGGUCUGGCAUCAGUGACUGGUCCUUGUACAAUGUAAAAACAUCGCCAUCUUAACAGCUCCUUCACCAGUGAGUCACAGCAGCUCACUUUGUAUUUUUAUUGCAAACCUCUCUCCCUGAUGAUGAUGAUGAU